AUGUCGGCGCAGGAAAUAGCACAGCUGUUGAGCAACACGAUUCUCAGCCCAGAUGCGGGCGUGCGGUUGCAGUCGGAGACGCAGUUGCGGAAGCUGUCGAACGACAACUUCCUGCAGUACGCGGGGACGCUCUCGCAGCUUCUGGCGGACGAGAGUGUGAUCUUGGAGGCGCGGAUUUUGGCGGCGUUGACGUUGAAGAACGAGUUGGUGUCGAAGGACCCGGUGAAGGGGCAGCAGUUUGCGCAGCGGUGGCUCGGGCUGGUGGACGCGGAGUCGCGGCACCACAUCAAGCAGUUUGCGUUGGCCGCCCUGGUGGACAAGCAGCCGCGGGUGGCCAACGCGUCGGCGCAGCUGAUUGCGGCGAUCGCGGACAUCGAGUUGCCGCGGGAUGAGUGGCCGGACUUGAUGAAGAUCCUCGUCGAGAACACCACGCAGCACCAGCCCGAGAACGUGAAGCGCGCGUCGCUCUUGGUGCUCGGGUACAUCUGCGAGGGCGCGGACCUGUCGAACAAGGCGUUGAUCGCGCAGUCGAACAACAUUCUGAUAGCCAUUGUGCAGGGGGCGCAGAUCUCCGAGCCCUCCAAGGCGGUGCGCUUGACCGCGUUGAACUCGCUUGCCGACUCGUUGGCGUUCAUCAAGAACAACAUGGAGCGCGAGGGCGAGCGCAACUAUUUGAUGCAGGUGGUGUGCGAGGCGACGCAGGCGGACGACGAGGAGAUACAGGCGGCCGCCUUCGGGUGUCUCUGCAAGAUCAUGGCGCAGUUCUACUUCUUGAUGAAGCCGUACAUGGAGCAGGCGUUGUAUGCCCUAACGAUCUCCACCAUGCAGUCGCAGAACGAGAAGGUAGCGUCGAUGGCCGUCGAGUUCUGGUCGACGAUCUGCGAGGAGGAGAUCGAUAUUGCGUACGAGUUGUCCCAGUUUCCCGAGUCGCCCUUGCAGUCGUUCAACUUUGCGCUAUCUUCGUUGCAGGAGGUGGUGCCAAACUUGUUGGUGCUAUUGACGAAGCAGAACGAGGACCCGGAGGAUGACGACUGGAAUCUGGCGAUGUCUGCCGGCGCAUGUUUACAGCUUUUUGCGCAGAACUGCGGCAACUACAUUGUGGAGCCUGUCUUGCAGUAUGUUGAGCAGAACAUAACGAGCGAGAACUGGAGACAGCGUGAAGCGGCUGUGAUGUCGUUCGGUUCCAUCCUAGAUGGUCCAGAUAAAGUUCAAUUGGUCAGCUUGGUCCACCAGGCCCUACCUCCGAUACUUAACUUGAUAAACGAUCCUGUCUUACAGGUCAAGGAGACGGUUGCAUGGUGCAUAGGCCGUAUUGCCGAUCUUGUGGUCGGCGCUAUCGAUCCACAGCGGCACUUGUCGGACGUUAUUAACGCCUGCUUGCUGGGUUUGAACGACCAUCCGAAAGUUGCAACGAAUUGUGCGUGGACUAUCAUCAACUUGGUAGAACAGCUCGCUGAUAACCCCGGUUCUCCAAUAUACAAUUACUACCCUGUCCUAGUUGACUCCUUAAUGAAAACUGCGAAUAGGCCCGAUAAUGAGCAUGGUGUUCGUGCCUCUGCAUUCUCUGCUUUGACUACCUUAGUUGAGUUCUCUACUGACCAAGUGGGUGAAUCCGUUACAUCCAUUUCAAGUUACGUUUUGGAUAAGCUAGGCCAUACCAUAAACAUAGAUGAGGGCCAGCUAAGCACGGAUGAUAGGCAAAGUUUAGAGGAACUUCAGUCGAACAUAUUGACGGUUUUAUCGGCUUCUAUUAGAAAGAAUCCGCAGUCAGUCUCCGCUGUGUCUGACAUGCUAAUGGACCUGUUUUUGAAGCUAUUGAGUAAGAAGGACUCUUCAUAUAUCGAAGACGACGUUUUUUACGUCAUAUCCUCUCUCGCAACGUCUAUGGGUAAGGGUUUCGAAAGAUACUUAGAGACAUUCUCGCCAUACUUAGUGCACGCUCUGAACCAGGUCCAGUCGCAGGUCUCUGUCACCGCUGUGGGUUUGAUUGCGGAUAUUUCGAACUCCUUAGAAGACGACUUCAAGAAGUUUGCCCCUGCAUUUAUGAACGUCUUAGGUUCUAUGAUCUCUUCUCAAGAUGCUCGCAUGGAGUUGAAGCCUGCAGUACUUUCUGUUUUUGGAGACAUUGCUUCUAACAUCGGCGAUGACUUUAUCCCAUACCUCAACCAGGUCAUGGCGUUAUGCGUUGCAGCCCAAAACUCCGGCCCAGAGAGCGCGUCCUUGGAUGCACUCGAGUACAACGUUAAGGUCCAGGAAGCAGUGCUGGACGCCUAUGUCGGCAUGGUUGCUGGCCUACACUCGCAGCCGGACGCCCUCUUCCAGUAUGCGGGCACAAUCUUCCAGUUUUUGAGUUCCUUCGCCGAAAAUCCAGCCUUAAGCAGUGAGGACACUUCUGCUAGAUCCGCUGUCGGCAUCAUCGGAGACAUCGCCUCCAUGUUCCCCGAUGGUAGGAUAAAGCAAUUGUACGCCCAGACUUGGGUCACAGAGUUUAUCAAGAAAACAAGAAGUAACCCCAACUUUAGUCAGGCAACUAAGGAUACUGCUAGAUGGGCUAGAGAACAACAAAAGCAUCAACUAACCCUAUAG